CACCCGGUUCAUAGCUAAACCGAAGUGUAUGUUUUAUUAUGCACAAAAGCUAUGAGCGUGAGAUAUGAGACAUGAAACAGCGAGCGUGAUUAUCUGCGAUUUAGGGUUUUGAUUUUCCCCAAUUCAAUAUCAAACAAGGUGAGUGAGUGCAUAAUCCAUCAAUUUCAUCUCAAUUAUUAUAUUUUUUCUCGAUUUAAUUUUCUUCUUUGAGUUGCAAUUGAAAAUACGCAGUUGAAUUUGAAGCCCCUUCAAAAGCUGAAAUUUCAUCUCGUAAACGAUGAUAAUGGCGACAAUGAUUCGAGAGAUUUUGUUGUGUGCAGGGAGCGAGUGUGAGGAGGAGGGAUUUAGAGAGAAAGAGAGAAGAAUUCGAGAGAUUUUUCCCUUUUCCUAUUUUUUUUUUCAAUUUUUAGGGUUUUUCGUUUAUUUGAGCCUUAUUGAAGAUUUUAAUGGAGCAACGAAAGCUUGUGGUUUUGGGUAUCCCAUGGCAUGUUGAUACUGAUGGAUUGAAAGAAUAUAUGAGCAAAUUUGGUGAGCUAGAAGAUUGUAUUGUUAUGAAGGAACGGUCAACUGGCCGAUCUCGCGGUUUUGGAUAUGUGACAUUCGCAUCGGUGGAUGAUGCUAAGAAUGUGCUAUCCAGUGAACACAGUCUUGGUGACAGGACGCUGGAAGUCAAAGUGGCCACACCAAAGGAGGAGAUGAGGGCACCAGUCAAAAAGGUUACCAGAAUCUUUGUGGCCAGGAUUGCUCCAUCAGUAACAGAAGAAACUUUUAGGAGUCAUUUUGAGAAAUACGGUGAUAUAACAGAUUUAUAUAUGCCAAAGGAUCGUGGAUCAAAAACACAUCGAGGAAUUGGUUUUAUCACUUUCGCAACUGCAGAUUCUGUGGAGAACUUGAUGAAAGAAACCCAUGAACUGGGGGGUUCUGAUGUGGUGGUUGAUCGAGCAACACCUAAGGAAGAUGAUUUCAAGCCAAUUGGCAGAACCAGAACACCACAAUUAGGAUAUAGUGCAUAUAGUACUUAUAUUCCUGCAUCAACUAGAUAUGCAGCACUUGGCGCUCCAACUAUGUAUGAUCGUCCAAGUUCUAUUUAUGGAAGGGGAGAACCUGCCCGUGGGAUAAGCAAAAAGAUUUUUGUUGGUCGUCUUCCCCCGGAGGCAACCACUGAAGAUCUUCGCCUGUAUUUUGGAAGAUUUGGCCAUAUCUUAGAUGUUUAUAUUCCUAGGGAUGUCAAGAGACCUGGUCAUAGAGGUUUUGGUUUUGUGACUUUUGCGGACAGCGGUGUUGCAGAUCGUGUCUCUCGAAGACCUCAUGAGAUUUGUGGACAGGAGGUUGCCAUAGAUUCAGCCGCACCUCUUGAUGAAGCAGGUCCCAGUGGGAAUACUAUGUUGAAUAGCAUGGAUUCUUUCAGGGGAUAUGGCGGUCCAGUGAGGCCUUAUUUUGAUGAAAGUCCUGUGAGGUCUUAUGGGAGAAUGUACAAUAGCCUGGACUUCGAUGAUUUGGGUUAUGGAGUUGCUAGUAGAAGACCAUCAAGAACAACAGAUUGGAGGUAUAGACCAUACUAGGAGAGCAGAGCAUGGUUUUGUUGGCCGCAUUGCAUUCCAAAUGCUACUUGGGUGCCAGGAACUGCUGUGAAGGUCUUCUAUUAAGAAUGCUUUUAAGUAUUAUCAGCACAAAGUGUUGGAUUUUAGUUUAUACAUUGUAAACCAGAUAAUUUUUUUUGUACCAUUGAACUUGAAUCUUGUAUUCUUUCACUGGUUUAUAAGAUUUUUUUGGUCUAUCCUCUUGCAA